CCGUAUAAAUCGUGAGUGCUGUCGGCUACGAAGUGACAAUUCCCAUAGUGGUGCUGCUGGUAUGGUGGUUGUUUCUGAUGUCGUGGUGGUCUAGUGCAUUCACCGUUAAAUUUUCAGGAUUCUCUAGAACGUAGGCAGAAGAUCCGUUCAUGUUAAUCGGAAGAGUAAGGGACAUAAGAAACCGGAAAAGGAAGGGACAUAAGAAACCGGAAGUGAACAUCAGUCAGUGUAAAGAAGUAGGAAUAACAGUAAAAUAAUUACCAUGAGAUCCUUCUGCAAGAAGAGGGGGUUAGAGGACAAGUCGUUCUGAAGCUGAAUCGAAGAGUGACAGUUUGACCCCAUGGAAUGUCGUCGCGGCGCUCAACUUUCCCGAGGCUCAUCCUCGUGCUCCAGCUGGAAUCUGUCUCGUUCUUACGGUGUAUGAAUAGUGAUCGUGCCACGUGAUCGGCCGGAUAUAAGUGGAACCAGGUCGCCGGAAGUGGACGGGGGGUGAUCGGAAGCGCACCAGCCCUGUUGUAGCCGUAAAAGACGUUUCCAAGGUUGCUAUUAGUCAUUGGUGGUUAACGAGAAGCAAUAGUAUUACUGACAGUAUACUAGAUGUCGACGGUACUGAUGAUCUGGUGCUGAUAACCCAGUGAUUGGUGGUUUUAACGGUGAUUGGGAUUCACCUGGGUUUGGCUGUUCAGGAGGAAUUGAGGCCGACUAUGAUGAUGAAUAUAUAGUACAGGCUUGCCGGUCCUCUAAGUGCACGUGUGAUACAGACUGAUUCAGGCUGGGUGAUACGGAGUUGGAAGCUGCGGUGGUUUCCGCCGAUGUGGUGAUGCGGGGAUGUGGAUCGGCGUCGACCCAAUAGGAAGCCGAGACGGCUGGACCUGGGGAAUUGGACUCUCGUUUAUUGUACUUUUAUGCUGGUGCCACGUCGGUCAGAGUGACGCCAAUCUGACCGAGGGCGGCGUCGCGACGGCGAAGAACGUUGCCCCUAUUGCAAAGAAUAGCGGCACGUCCGGCGUCGUGUCGCCACCCUUGUCCGCCUCCUCGUCCUCCUCGUCGGUAGCGUCAUCGGGCAGGCCCGAUGAUGACUGUAGCAAUGUGACCACGGCGACUGGAGAUGGUGAUGCCGGUCUGUCAGUAGUCAGGCAGAACGAUGGCGGUGGUGCCACAACGUAUCCUCAUCCGCCAAUGGUGCCUCCAACAUUUCUGAACGGAGCUCUAUCCUGUCAGCCCUACCACGGCGUCUACAUCAAUCACAUCUACUUCCAAUUGGCCAACGCGUUCUUCCUAUUGUCACAUCUGGCACCGAGUGGUAUCCACGGUGUUCUCUACUUGCGGUGUACCCUCUUAGUUGGCUGUGCCUUCCUAGCUUUAUGGGGAUGGGCCAUCGCUUGCUGGCUGGAUGCUGCACUCUGGAACGCUCUGUUCGUGGCCAUCAACUUCAUUCACGUCUGCACCUUGCUGUACAGACUGAGACCAGUGAAAUUUUCCCGAGAAGUCGAGGAUGUCUACGUAGCUGUGUUUCAGCCCUUGAGGGUAUCCAGGCAUCAGUUCAAAAAAAUCUUGAAUUGUAUGAAGGUCAUUCGGCAGCUGAAGUAUCAGGAAGUCUAUGCCCAGGAGAAGGUUACCAAAGUCGACUCUCUGUCUCUGGUGCUCUCCGGCAAAUUGGUAGUAUCACAAAAUGGAAGAGCACUUCACAUUGUCUUCCCGCAUCAGUUCCUGGAUUCGCCUGAAUGGUUCGGAGUUUCUACAGAUGAAUACUUCCAGGUAUCAAUAACGGCAAUGGAGGAGUCGCGAAUAUUACUCUGGCACCGAGAUAAAUUAAAACUGAGCAUAAUUACGGAUCAGUUUUUACAAGCAGUCUUUGAUCACAUCCUUGGCCGGGACGUCGUGAAGAAACUCAUGCAGCAGCAGGAGAUCCCAAUGCCUGGCGAUUGGGAAGGAUCGAAGAGACUGACCACGAGACGCCUGUCUAACCCAGGGGUCACAAUUUGGGCACACAUUCAUCAUCCUCUGCAGUCAAUAACGGAAGGCCGUGAAUAUCUUAAAGAACAAGAAGAGAAAAAUUGGUGAAAUAACAGAAACUAAGCGGCAGCCGACAUAACGUCAACAGGAAGAAGAAGAAAAAUAGGACAACGUGAAGUGGUGUGUGUGUAUGCGUGUUUAUCCAUAUGAAAAUAUCAUUUGUGUUAGCUGCUGUGUGCGUGUAUGAGUGUUCCUGUGUAUGCGUGUGAUAUAUAUACAUAUAUAGUUUAUCCAAUGUGACUUUGUCAUCCCAUGGUCUCCGAGUACCUAGUCAAACAGUUGAGUACCACGACUGAGGACGAAUGGCCGACGAAGAAGACUCACGACUGACUUUGAUCGCCACGUGCGAUAGUCCCGUACUAAUUUAUCGUACCGAGGUCAUAAACGUAUUGAUAUGGUCACGAGAGAACAGAAAGAAUUAAUGAUUCCUUUUGUAACUCCGAAAUGCUUCCGUAUUUCUUCCCGUCGAGCGACCCAAUGUUUGCGCCUCGUAACGCGUCCGGUAGUGCUUUUUCUAUUUUGCUACUAUUCACGUAUGCUUCGAGCGUUUGCUUAUUUAUUUAACUGUUUUUCUGUUCGACCCUUUUGAUCAUUGGAUUAUUAAGUUGUUGCUUCUUUAUACGUCGUUGGCUUUUGGAGCCAACACCAGUUAUUGUUUUUUGGCUCUUUUGCGUUUUUCAAGAAAGCGAUUUUUAUACCUGGCAAAUUUGCUGCGCUUUUUACUUUCCUUAGGUUAGCUAGGGAGUACAAUGAAGAAGAAGAAAAUAAUGGAGUCGUCUAGGUUAUGGCCACGUGGUACGAGCUAUAAUAUCAUUUUAACCCGUAGUCCGUCGACACUUUGAAGGUCGAAAUAUAACAACUUUUCUUGCACAUUCUCAUAUAAAUGUUGUUCCAUGUGUCGGUCUAUGUGCAUGAGUCACCAGGUGACGCCAAGUGACGUCAUACGGGCGGACUAAGGGCUGAAAGCGACUACUGAUGCGUACAUAUAUAUAUAUAUACAUAGUAGAGUAUCAAACACACACGUAUUAUUGUAUGUACGCUAGAUCUUAAUACUCAGAAUGUAAAGUUCCAAGCGUUUGGCGUAGCUUAACUGUUCCGUUGACAGCAUCUGCCAAAGGUACAUUAUCUCUGGUCAGGAUAGAAUGUCCUUUUCUUUUUCUUUGGUAAUACACAUCCUCUUGCUCUUCUUCUCGGUCACUGCCAAUAUGUCUCGGCUGAAGAUAUUUAUACUCGAGAUAAAUGAUGAUGGUGACGUUAAUUAAUACUCGCGUACAUCUUAAUUGAUUCUAGAAACGUCGUACAGUGUGUUGUGAUGUUGUUUAUGUCAUUCAGUCAAAAUCGUGCGAUGACGAUCCUCCUCAUACAUCUUUCCAUCAGUCUCGAUCACUCUCCUUAGGGUAGUGCAUCCGUUUGGCUGAUUACGAAGAGGUUAAACCCCAUUCACACGAAUUCUCCUUUAGUCGCUCUUUGGAAAAUGUUCUAUUGUAUUUCUCAUUUAUGGCUACUGGCAUGCUCCGCAGACGAGAAGGUGUCUCUGCAAAAGUUCUGAAACUGCUUGCAAAAGCAGCACGUGCUUUUUCGCUCAUGUCACGCUUUUUUUUAAAUCCGAUUAACGAUUUCGCGUAUAUCCGAUAAGUGCGCUGCUGUCGCAUUUACAGAAAAAAAUUGAAUGUCAGGUCACUGUAGAAUGUUUACGUAUCAUUUGUACGACAAAGGGAGAAAAGGAAAAAGAGUGUCUAUAUUAGUACAUUAUAAUACAAGUGCGGAAAGUUGGUGAUUCCUACGAGUGUGACACGUUUCAGAAUCGAGGCAAACGUCACACGAGUAGGAAUCACCAACCCGCACGCGUAUCAUAUACUAUUUUUUGCAACAACGUACGGAAAGUUCGCAGGAUAUGCACCAAAAAGAAGAACGAAAUGGCCGAUUCUUGAUGAGUUCAGAGUGUGCGGGAAUCAUAACAUUCCCGUCACUUAUCAAGAAUGGACCAUUUUGUGCUUGUUUUUUGGUGCACAAACUGUAUAUUUUCCGUACAGCGUUGCAAAAUAGUAUAUUGUGCAACGAGGGCGAAAACGAGCGUUUUCGCUCUGCUGUUGAAGAAAAUACAUUUUCAUGUGAUCCAUGUAGUUAGUAGAUUUCCUUUUGUCAUUUAUUUCUAUUGUAAAUUGUAAUCUGACGAUCAGGGAAUUUGAUAUGUCGAUACGGCAGAUUUUACAAUUGAAAUUCUUUGGGAAAUGUCUAUCCGUAAUCUUUGUACGUUACCUGUGUCGUUGUUUAGAAUUGAGAUAUGGCACUUGCAAAGUAUCCUCCCUCUCUCUACUGAACUUGAGUUCGAAAUGUUGAGCGAAAAACGACUUCCGCUAUUUUAUAAUUGAAGCAAUGCUUGAGCAGCUGUUGAAUUGGCGAUAAGUAAAAUCAUGACGUAAGAAUAUGGUAGCUAAGUGGGUGUGGCCUUGUGCGACAAAUUCGCAAGUUCAAAUUUGACUGUAUUGCGAACAAGUGACGGACAGAGGGAAAGGACUUGUCGUACGUUACAUUGUGGCAUUUUGCAAGUAACGAAAAAAAUAGUAACCGAGAAAGUGAUAGAGGAAACAGAAACGGGGUGGUGCAGAUUGACCACAUGUUUUUAAAACCAUUCAUCUGUCGUGAGAUGCAGUACGAGCUGUACAUACAAGUUAUAAAUAUGUAUAUAACAUUAUCUAAAGAGAUUAUAUCCACCGUACGAUCAAUUCGCAAGAACUGUUUGGAGAAGACUCGUUACGUCAUAUUAACUAUGAUGUAAUAUUAUGUCAUUAUUAUUAUUAAGUGGGCGUUCCUUAUUGUCUGCACUAUGUUUGGAUGACCAAUCGCUUACUGCUACUAAUUUUCCCCUACCUGUGCCAGCAGCUACGCCCAUUAGUCAUUGGCGUGGGCAAGAGUAUGAAUUUCUUUGGUUAUCUUUGGCUUUGAUAAUUGGCAUAUAUUCGAGCCAUAGUUAAUCAAUUGUCGAGGGCACUUUCAACUUGGCUAUUUUGAAUUGUCGGAUGUGAGUUAUUAUCAUUGCCUUGUUUGCUGAAAUCUGGAAAGUCAAAUAGUGUUUCAGCUAACAGAGAUAUUAUGGAUGCCUUGGGAAUUCAGUUUGAAUGCCUUGUAUCCCUUUUUGGAGCUUAAUACUUUCGUACGAGUCGAGUAAACUCACGGUUAAUGUGAAUAGAUCUUAGAGACAAAAUCCCAUAUGCCUUGAGGAAUGUGGAUUGAGUGACAGGUAUAGUUACUCGAUCGGAGGGACAAACGUGUAUUUUGUUGAGAGUAGAGAUAAAUUUAUGCGAUUUGUAAUGAUAUCAGAUUGUUCUGGUAUGGACAGAGUGAUCAAAAUAUAUGAAUGUAUUGUUUAGAAAUCCUAUAUGAUUAAAAACAAUAUGGAAUGUA